AUGUCUUCCACGAAAGGUGAAGAUCAAGAUAAGGUUUUUGGCCCGUUAAAGAAGGAAUGGUUGGAGAAGAAAGGAUUUAAGGGGAACGAAGGCGUGGGUGAGCUGUACCAGGAAAUAGGAAAGUGGAUUAAUGUUAUUUUAGGGGAAAUGAUAAAGGAGGAGAAGGAUAUUGAUGAAACCUAUAAGGAACAGUGCGAAAAAAUGAAUAAAGGAACAAAGAACAUGACGGAAGAAGAAAAGAAAAUUUGCGCGUUCAUUUUGGCGAACCUGCUGAAAAUAUGGACAAUGGACAAAACAGAAAAAGGGGAAGAGGAAAUUGAUAAAAGAAUAAAAGAACACUUGUAUUGUGCAAUGCUCAAUAUGUGGUUACAUGAAUACCAAAAUGUAAACUGUGAAGCACAAAAUAUUAUGAACAGUGCUUACGGUGCAAUGAAUUAUUUGUGCCAGCAGUUGGGUAUAGAAGGCAAAUGUAAGAAUUGUGAGUAUAAACAAUUAGAGCCUAUGAUGAUAAGGGAGAAAAUACCAAUGCUAGGAGUUAUUCGUGGUGGUAUGAAAAAUAAAGGGAAAAUUAUGGGAGUAGUAUUUGAUGCAGAAAAGAAAAAGGAUUGUCCAAAGCCGAACACCGAUCCAUCAACAGCACAACCUCCAAAGGUAACAGGAGCAACAGCAGCGGAUGGGGAGACGACAGUCCCCGUCCCCGUCACCACUUCCACCACGGCAGCCACUGCAAAACCAUAUCAAUUCCUAACCAAGCUAUUAGAACUGUGGAUACGAGCACGCGGUGUGGAGAAAGUGGACCAAUUUGGGGACCUUAUAUGGAAAGAGUUAUAUGAUGUAUUCAAUGAUAUGAUGUUAAAUAUAGAGGGGGAUGCAGAGGAUGAAAAGGAAAUGUGUGAAAGUGGUUAUAGUAGUCUGCGAGGUAGAGAUCCAGGGAGCGGCAAAUGGCAUUAUAGUAAAGAGGAAGCAAAAUUGUGCAAAAUUUUAUUAAGAUUACAUUUCUGGAUCGAUGGAUUAAAGCAGGAUGCCGUAUUUGUAGAGAAGAAGCCCGAAGAUGGGUACUACCACUGGGUAAAAAGAGAAGAUGGAGGAGGAAAGAACAGAAGAGAGAAGGAGUUACAGUCCUAUUUAAGAUGUUUAGUUGGAAAGGUCACCAUGGUACGAAUGUUAGGACAACAUUGUAAGUUAGGGGAAGUAGCUCAUUUUAUUAAGGACGGUGUGAAGAAUAUGAGGAAAGAACACAAAGUUAAGGGGAAAGACAGAAUAUGUGACGAAAUAGAUAGUGAAAGUGUAGGUGUAGGUGGAAAAUUAAUAUGGGACGAGCUAAUCCGAAGGUUAAAUAAUUAUGAGAGGAAGGAGGAAAAUACUAAAAUGGAUUUAAAGAAAGUAGUGGCAGGGAAAACUACACUGCACGAAAGAAAGAGGGAAGGGAAGAACAGGAAAAAUUGUCCGGCGCAAGAAAAAAAAGAGAAAAUUGACAAAGACACCUUAGCAGACUUAGAAAUAAAACUCCCCCCAGGGAAGGAUGGACUAGACAUAGGGGAAGACAGUCUACCUUCAGGGAAGGAAGCCUUAGGGAAAGUAUUGAAUAAAGUAUUGAAGGAAGCAGUAACGGAAGCAAAGGAGGGCACCGAUGACACUGAACUUGUACUGAAGAUAAUGGCAUCAUUGGAGAAAAAACUCCAACAACAUAUAGGAGAUUUUCAAAAGAAGAAGGCAACACUAGCAGCACCUAACACAGAUGACGACUGUAAGGGGAAAGCUGACUUAUGUCCGCGUGUAAAAUGUGUAGCAAAAACGUGGACAAAAAUCAGGGAGGGGAGCAGCAAAUUCGGGGAACGCUGGCCAAGCACAUUUUGGGAUCAUGACGUCGCGAAGGAAUUGGAGAGAUUGUCUGAGGCUAUGACUAAUAAUACUGGGGACACUGAUAAUCUAUGCGAAGAACUUAAUGGAAAAGGAAAGACAUCGACGGAGGCAGAGAAAAAAGCAUGCCAAUACAUCACUAAAGCUUUACAGCAUAUAUAUACCACUCAGGAAGAUAAGGAUGAUGAGAACGUAGCGCGCAGGAAAAGUAACCGACCAUUUAAACAAACUAUGUCAUGCGCUGCAUUAAAUCUAUACGCAGAUAUGCUUAUAAAGAAGACAGAGGGUCAGCCGUGCCCCAUCACAGAGGAUAAAAUAAGAAAAAUGUUUGGGGAAGGAAAUGGAAAGCAGGGUGAUUGGUGUACGGGUAGGGAAGGUGAAGACAUGAAAUGUGAUCUGUGUGAAAGGAAACCUAACUUAAAUUGUGAAAUAGAGUAUAAAGGGAACGGCUACGAAACCAAAGAUAAGGUAGAGAGGAAGGUGAAUGACCUGCUCCAGAAGGACACCAACAUAACGAAUACCUUGACUGACAUAAGUAAUGCAACUACCUUAUGUCAACAAGCAAAUUGUGUAGCGACUAAUUGGUUUAUAGACAGAAAGGGGUACACGAGCAAACAAAACUGGUGCAACUUCUGGGAGUGGGACGUCAAGAAGGAAUUGGAAAGACUAUCUGAAGCUAUGUUUAGUAAUAAUGAGGGGGAAGCUCAUAAUUUAUGUGAGAAAAUUAAUGGGGCAUCCAGUACCGUGACGGAAGCAGAAAAAGCAGCGUGCAACGUUAUUGUUAAAGGAUUAAAACAUAUAUAUGAAACUAAGACAGUAGAAGUAAACGAAAAGAUAAAGGACAGGGCAAAGGAGGAGAAGAAGCAUAAGAAUAACAGACAGCUUUAUCAAACUAUGUCAUGCAUUUUUCUGAACGCUUAUGCAGAUAAAUUAGAACAACUGUCGCCUUGUCCCAUCGGGAAGGAUAUAAUAAAAGAAGCGUUUAAAGAAGGAAAAGGAAAGAUGAGUGAAUGGUGUACGGAGCCGCCAUGUGUUGAGUGCAAAAGGGAUGAUAGUUAUAAAAGUUGCCCAUUAAACGUGGAAGGAAGUCUAUGGACAGAUAAAAAAAAAAACAAUGUAACGUGCGAUAAGAACGGAAAUAAUAUGAAGAAAGAAGUGGAUAAAAUGCUGGAGGACGAUCUAAAAAUAACACAAACUUUCACUACCAUAAAUAAUGCAACUACUUUAUGUGAUCGUGUGAAAUGUAUCUACCAUAGGUGGGGAGAAAACCGAAAAGUCGGGGAACAGAAACAGGACCCGGAGAAGUUUUGGGAUCCCGACGUUAAAACUUUAUUAGUUAAAUUGUCUACUGCUAUAACCAAAACAAAUGGAACGGCCGAAAGUUUAUGUGAGAACAUUAAGGAUGGAAGUAGUACAAUUUCAGGACCAAACAAAGAAGAAUGCCAAUAUAUUGUUCGGAGUUUAAAACAUAUAUAUCAAAUUGAAAAAGGACAGGUAACACAACAAGAUAUAGAAAGAAGAGGGGCAAAGAACGAAGCGCAAAGGGAGAAGGAGGACAACCUCAUAUUCCACCGAACUUUCUCUUGUAUCUUAUUGAAUAUAUUCGCAGAUGAGAUGAAAAAGAAAUGUCCCAACGUAAAGGAAGAAGAAAUAAUAGAAAUGUUUAAGACAGGGAAUACAAAGAAGGAUACUUGGUGUUUGGAUAAAGAUAAGGUUAAUGGUGAUUGUGUACAGUGUGAUAGGUAUGAUAGUUAUACAACUUGCAAAAUAAACGUACAAACAGACGGGGACACAAUAGGGAACAGAAUGAAAACAAUGCUCCAGCAGAAUGGCCAAAUAAUGGGGACAAUAACUACUGCAUGUCCAACCAAACCAGCAUCAACACAAUCUCAACCAGCAACAACACCAGCAUCAUCAAUAGAAAGUCGAGCUAGGUCUGAAUCAUCAGGUGCGUCAGAACCAGCAAAGUCCCCACCAGCACCAGCAUCUGCACCAGUGGAACCUUCUCAAGACAGUCCAACUCCCUCAGUUCAGCCAGGUAAGACAGGAACUGUAGAUUGUAAGGGUGGAGUAGUGCAAGGUGGUGAAAACGCAACUCUUCAGUGUCUUGGUGUGGACGAUGAUAUCAGUACUCCAAAAUGUCUCGGUGAAAAUUGUGACCAUAACGAUGAUGUCCUGAAAAAGGGUACUUUUUCCGAUACUGGUGUCGCUGCAACGGUCACUACUACUAAAAUUACUUUUACCAAUGCAGGUCCUGACCCUAACCUUGCAGACAGUGAUCAACCUAGAAAGACUGUGGAUGUGUUACAACCUGUAACUCCUGUUCCUACCCCUCCUCCUGCCAACACCCCCGAUGGUAGUGGAGCAGGUGCUGCUGCAUCUGCUGGUAGUGCAAGUGAAGCUUCUGGUCCAGGUGCUAACGCAGCUGGUACUGGUGAUCAGAAGGAUAAUAAAGAUACUCUUGACCCCAGUUCCAGCUCCUCUGCUCCUACUGCUCCUGGUCCUUUACCAGGUGCAGGAGUUGCCCCAGGGGUAGCAGUUCGUCCGAAUUUAGGAGGAAGUGCCAAUACUCAAAAUCCAACUUCAUCAGGAGGUGGAAGCGGAGUUAUAAUCGGUAUUUCUGUUACGAGCUACCUCCUUUGGAAGUAUUUUGCCUUGCCUCAUAAAAGAAAACGUUACAAAAGAGCACAUAAAGUACGUGGACCUCCAUCCUUAGAAGAACAAAUUAUGGACCAUGGUAUGGACAACUCUGGUCUACAUGAAUAUAUCUUAGUAAAGGAACGCAGACAACCAAGAUCAACACCACAGAAAAGAAGGAAACAAGUUGGUAUGCGUGGUGUAGGUCAUCGCACUAUUAUUGAUAUUCAUUUAGAAGUCUUAGACGAAUGUCAAAAGGGGGAUUUACAUUCCACGAAGGAAGACUUUUUUGAAAUAUUGGUUCAAGAAUUCAUUGGAUCGGAAUUUAUAAAAGAGGAGAAGGUUCCUAAGGAACAAUUUUCUAUGGUUGAUGUUCAUAAGGAACAGGUUCCAAGUUCAGAUUCCGGGUUUUAG